AUGAAAAGGGCACAAGAAGUCAAAGAGCGAGAGCGCCUUAUGUUUGAAAGGGAAACCGUGAGGCGCAAAGAAGAAGCGGAAAGCCAAGAAAGGGAGCUUGAGCGCUUGCGGCUUCAGCUUAAGAUUGCAGAGGCAAAAGGCGCUAGUGAUCUGGGAACAGAAAAUGCAGAGAUUCAGGCAAGCGCACGAGUGAGCAUGAGGGACCUCUUGCAGCCUUACAAAGAGAGCGAGGAGGAAGGUCCCAUCCUGGAAACGGACAAUGUGAGGAGCCCAUCCCCUGAGAACGAUGAGGGCGCAUCACAGGUGUCAGAUGAAGAGGGUGGGCUGGAAAUUGUCGAGGAUGGAAACUCAAAGGAGGGUGAACAGGGUGAAGAUGAAAGUAAUGGAGCCAAAGAAAAUGAUGAUGGUGGUGAUGAAGCAGGAGAUGGCGAUGAGGUGGAGGAGGGUCGGGUAGAGGAAGAGGGGGAAGAUGAAAAACCAGAAGUGCAGCCUCAAGCUCAAGAGGAAGAAAGCUUACAGAUGAACCCUCAAGAGGAAAAAACAGGUUCAGUGCCUGUAGAAGACACUCCAGCAUCCCCUAUCGAAGAGGACUCUUCAUUCAUGCGUGAUGCUCCUGCGUCUACCCCUGCUGAAGAAAGUCCAUCAUCUCCACUAGAAGCGACACCAUCUCCUCCUACCCCUGUUGAUGUGCCGGCAUCGCCAACGGAAGAUGUGGUCCCUGGGGCAUCACCUAUUGAAAGUGGAGAGGACUCCUCGGCACCUGUCUCUCCUGAAGAAUUGCCAGCAGAUGAGCAAUCAGCAGAGGUUUCAGGAGAAGGUGAAGAGGGGCAAGAAAACGACGAAAAGGGGAUCGCAGACAUCAAUGAAGGCAACGAAGAAGACACACAGGACAAUGCAUCUUCGCCAAAGGAAAUUGAAAGUCCCGAGGCUGAACCGGAAGAAGAGGAGGGGGAAGAGCUGGAAGAGAGCAGUUUGGCAGCUGGUGGACCAAGUGACGACAUCGCUUCCCCUGCACCAGAGGAGUCUACAGAGGCAGAUGAUGGUGAUGUCCUCCUGGGCAACCUCCUUGAUACUGAAUAUAUAUCUUCUUUUGAAGAAGAAGGCCUUCAAUAA